GCUCGGACUAUGGCGGACUUUGACUUCACGAAGCUUGACUUGAGCAAUGACGCCCAGGCUUACAUCGCUUCCUUUGAGACUCUGACUCGAAUAGCUUUGCUUCAUUGCGCCUCGGCGAUGGUUCCUUUUGGUCGCCUUCGCGUUCGUAUCAAGUCUUGGAGUGACAACGCAGGUGCUGAGAGUGUUUCUAACAAGUUGUAUACCUGGAAAUGUCCACUUUGCACAACGCCUUGCUUUGUUCAGUUCUUAUUCAUUAUGUCUUUGGACGUUUCUCAUAUACCUAGCGAGUACAACAAGGACGCGGACAUGCUUUCACGUAUACAGGACUUUGCAGAGUUGCCAUCGAGAUUUCCUUUGAGCACUCGUCUUCUGGACGUGGAGCAGCUUUGGUUUCGCAGAACUGCGGUAUUUUUGAAUCUGCCCGACUUUCCACUGCGAUGGAAGAUACCUGUGAAUGAUUUCUUUCGAUGA